UCUUCCCCUGGUGUGAGAGGGAACAGCUGAGGUGGUGUGUGGUGGCACGGUGGAUCAUGCCGUCCAGAAAGAACCGGUGCGUGGCCAACCCGCUGGAGUCCGCGAUCACCACACCCAGUGAGAGGAUCCUGAAGGAAUGCCACAGUCUGUAUGUGGACAGCGACCACGGCCUGGUGAAGAUAGCCAGCAGCCUCGGAGUGCGCCUCCUGCCUCCCAGAAAGAAGAUCAUUGUGAUGAUAAUGGGAAACCACUCAGCAGGGAAGAGCUCCUUCAUUAAUUGGUAUGUUGAAGAGCACAUCCAGAAAACAGGCGUUGCCAUUGAAACGCAGGGCUUCACCUUCAUCACAAGCGGUCGCAAAAGAGAAUCGCUGACGGGAAAUGCAACGCUACAUCUCUACCCGCACUUUCGACCGCUUCUUGAGUUCAAAGGUGUCAUGGACUACCUGUCGGCUGAGAUCUCCACCUCCAAGCAGAAGAAGUUCAGCCUCUUGACGUUUGUGGACACUCCGGGUCUGGUGGAUGGAGACAUGGUCUACCCUUUCAACGUCAACAACGCCAUCACCUGGUUGGGAGAACAGGCAGACUUGAUAUUUGUGUUCUUCGACCCGAUGGGCCAGGCGCUGUGCAAGCGCACGCUCAACAUCGUGGAGAAGCUAAGUGAGAAAUGUGGAGACAAGGUGUUGUUCUACCUGAGUAAGGCAGAUGAAGCUGGGAAGGAAACAGAUAGACAGAGGGUGAUGAUGCAGAUUGUCCAGGAGCUGUGUCGCUGUCCAGGUCUCAACAAAUGUGGUUUUGAUAUGCCAACCAUUUAUAUCCCCAACCCACAGAGGCCGAGCAGGUGUGUGAACCAGAUCGACGGGGUUUGUCUGACCAUCGAGAAAACCAUCAACCAGGCCGUUCAGAAGACUCUGGACCAGCUGGAGAAAGACUGUGACCUUAUUUGUUCCACCAUCAGCAGCAGACUAGCCCAGGACAGGGCUGAUGUGACUCACAGCAAACGUGUGCGUCUUCGCUCCUUCCUGUGUGGGGCUCUGGGCGUUUUCCUUCCUUUCCUGUUCAUCCUCAGUUUCAUUGUGAGCACCUUCCCCACAGAGCAGCUGGGGGAGCUGUUGGGUGAAGGCCCAGCUCGGACCCUCACUGUCUUCACAGGAGUUGUGAUAUAUUUAUGGGACUGGUUACCAGAGGACGGACAAGUCUUGUUUGUCAUCAUUUUUGGGGCUUUUUGUUACCUCCUGCUUUUCCUAGCAAAGUAUUUUGCAGGCCAACGGAAUAAGACUCUGACGAAGAAGGAGAAGAGGGUGAUGACUGAGUACAACGAUUAUAUCCAGGAUAUUGUCAAAACCAAGAAGGGUAAAUUGUAUGAAUGGUACCUCCAGCAGUGUGCAGAAGAAUAUGACCUCUGACCCCCAGUCGGCCGGUGGAACCUCUGAUGCAGACGAGAUCAUCGCCGUCGUCGUCGUCGUCAUCUCAAGAUCUGAUUCAAAAUGAAAAAGUGCCUCCGUCAUUGAGUUCAAGGGGAAACUGUGAUUGUAGUUGUUUAACAUAAUGUGAAUAGAUAUUUUUUCGAGCAUAAAUUAAGUUAGAGAGAAGUGGAGUGUUUACAAAUGGACUUUUUCUCAUUUUCAUUUUUUAAUUUCUUCAACUUGCAGGUGCUAUUAACAACAAUCAUCAUUGUGUUGUUCUCAUCACGGUCCACAAAUCUCACUGCACCGUCCUGAUGUCUGUCCUGUCGUGUCGUCUGUCAACAUACAAAAAUGUGUUUUCAUUCUGACUGUUGGCAAUAACUGCAAUAACCAAUGCUGUGAUAACACUCACUUUAUAGUUGCAUUAUAGUUGGACAUUGUUUUACAUAAUUUUGAUGCAGUCAAUGAGAUUUACAGCUGCAAACUUCCUCCUGCCUCCAAAGAAUGUGUUCUACAGUUUUGUUGUGUGAUUAGUACAGUAAAACUACAACGUGUAAACAGUUAGUCUCUGCACUGAUGUCUGUCUCCUAGUUGUAUUAAUGAAUCCCUCAUGUUGUCCAAAAACAGCAUGUAAUGCCUUUAGUCCAGUGUUUGUAGAAAUAUUUAUUCAACUCAAGGUGCUUUUAAGGAGCUUUUUUUUUUUACUGAUCCAAUAUUGCAGGUAUUGUCCAAGUCUUUUAAUGCUGUGACUUAUCCAGAGUUUUAACUAGAAUAGUUAGUGUUUUAAUUACCAGUUACAUUCAUCCACUGAUGUUUGACUGCCAGAUUGUAAACUAGGAUAAAUAAGCUGCAUUGGCUGAGACCCUGAUUUGAGGUAUCAGUAGAGGAAAGGUUGGAUCAGUGCCCCCCCACCUUUUACCCCAAAAAUGCAGAAACAUCUCAACUGGUUGUUUGGAAUAUUAUUGAGAACUCUGUCCGUUUGUAUUGUGUGUGUGUUAGAUGCCAGGUGUCCCAGGUGUCCUCCUCUUUAGGGAAUUCAUGUUUUAUAAGUUUUUGAAUUUACAAAUUUGUGAAAUUUGUGCUUAAAUCUAUAUAUUGUGUAAUUUUCUAGAAAACAUAUUUUCAUUGUCAGAAACCUGAACUCCUUUGGCUUGUUUAGGAACUUUAUUUCAUUAACAAGACUCAAAUAAAGAAAUAUGCAAACUCAUUGUAACUCCCUUAAAAGCGAUUAAACAUUUUAUACUUUUA